AUUUCUCUCCGCGCACUUUUACCCGGGGCGCACACGCACUUUGUCGGGCCAAGUGCGUUGCGCGCCACGUCGCAAUUCGCGUUGAGCCCCGUCGCGUAUCGGGGCGCCGGUGCGCGCGUUCGGCGUCGGCGCGCUCGGCGGCUAAACGCGCGGCUGACGCGCUAGCGGCGCUAGCUACGUAACUCGCGGCAGUACGUUUACCGACGCAGCUGGCCGAGGUUUUAAACUUAUAAACCGUCGCCGGCCGGUGAAUAAAUAAUCGGCCCAGAUCUGCCAAACAUGAGUGUUGACGUAAAGAAACUGAAAGUCAAUGAGUUGAAAGAGGAGCUUCAGCGCCGCGGCCUGGACACCAGAGGCCUGAAGGCGGACCUGGUGGAGAGGCUGAGAGCUGCGCUGGAUGCAGAGGCUGAUGCUGGGGGAGACGAGGGUGGACCGGCGGAACACGAGGAAGAGGACUACUCCAACGACUUUCCAGGCGAAGAAGACGCUGGAGAGGACGCUCAAGACCCCCAAGAAGCAGAUGAUGAAUUUGGUGAAGGAGACGUCCCACAGGACCAAGAAGAUGAAGAGGACAGAGAUUCAGGUGGAUACUUUGAAGCAGAAGAGGCGACAGGCGGGCCUUUUGAGUGUGACACUGAGCCGCCUCUUCACGCAGACCACAAGAUGCCAGACUUCACUGAAGAUGUUGACGUGAACAAGACUGAGGUGGCGCCUGAGCGUGAGGCCAAACCUAAUCUAAAAUCAGAGGAGAAGUCUGAGAAAAAAAUAGAGAUAAAAAUUGAAGUGAAAACUGAGGAGACUGAUGCUACUGAGGGCCAGCAGCAGGAUGAGGAGCAGGAGGAUAGACCAGCCAAUGCAUGGGAGAGUGCAGAGGGCCAGCAGAUGGAACAAGUCAAGGUGGAAACUGAAAGAUCUGGAUCACAUGGACGCAAGAGACCCUAUGACGAGGGCCGAGGUUAUGGUUACUAUGAACACCGUGAGGACAAGAGGUCCCGCACACCACAGCCCCCUGCUGAAGAUGAAGAAGAAAACAUUGAUGAUACUCUUAUAACAAUUGAUACAUACAACUGUGAUCUGCACUUCAAAGUGUCUCGGGAUCGCUACAGCGGGUACCCCCUGACCAUACAGGGCUUUGCUUAUUUGUGGUCUGGAGCACGGGCAACACAUGGAGUCUCCAGUGGACGUGUCUGUUAUGAGAUAAAGAUCAAUGAGGAUAUCCCUGUCAAGCAUCUGCCCAGCAGUGAGCCAGACCCCCAUGUGGUCAGAAUUGGAUGGUCCCUGAACACCUGCAGCACACAGCUUGGUGAGGAGCCUUUCUCCUAUGGGUAUGGAGGAACGGGAAAGAAGUCAUGUGACUGCAAGUUUGCUGAUUACGGAGAGAAGUUUGGUGAAAAUGACGUCAUUGGCUGCUACAUCGACUUUGACAGCGGCAAUGAGGUGGAGAUGGCUUUCUCCAAGAAUGGAGUCUGGUUGGAUGUUGGUUUCCGUGUUUCCCGGGAGGCCCUGGCGGGCCGUGCUCUGUUCCCUCACGUCUUGGUGAAGAAUUGUGCAGUUGAGUUCAACUUUGGCCAGAAGGAGGAGCCUUACUUCCCAACACCAAAUGGCUACACCUUCAUUCAUGAAGUCAGGUUGGAGGACAAGACCAGAGGGACUGUGGGACCCACCAGCAAAUCUGAGUGUGAGAUCUUGAUGAUGGUUGGCCUGCCGGCUUGUGGGAAGACCACCUGGGCCGCAAAGCAUGCUGAGACAAACCCUGAUAAGAAGUACAACAUCUUGGGCACCAACGCAAUCAUGGACAAGAUGAAGGUGAUGGGUCUCCGCCGGCAGAGGAACUAUGCUGGGCGCUGGGACGUUCUGAUCCAGCAGGCCACCCAGUGUCUGAACCGGCUGAUCGAGAUCGCCGCCCGCAAGAGACGCAACUACAUCCUGGACCAGACAAAUGUAUAUGGAUCAGCCCAGAGACGAAAAAUGCGUCCUUUUGAAGGUUUUCAACGCAAGGCUAUUGUAAUUUGUCCCACGGACGAGGAUUUAAAAGAACGAACAUUAAAGCAAACUGAUCAGCAGGGGAAGGAUGUGCCCGAUCAUGCUGUUUUAGAAAUGAAAGCCAACUUCACUCUGCCCGUGGCUGGCGACUUCCUCGAUGGGGUGACGUUCAUAGAGUUGGACCGUGACGAGGCCGACAAGUUGGUGAAGCAGUACAAUGAGGAGGGCCGCAAGGCCGGCCCGCCCCCUGACAAGCGCUUUGACAACAGGAUGGGCAGCUUCCGCGGUCGUGGAAGCGUUGGAGGAUACCAGCGCUAUGACAGUCGCGAGGGGUCACGCGGCAGCUACCAGAGCCGCGGUGGCAACGGAGGCAAUGGAUACAGGGGAGGCUACAAUCGUGGCAGUUACAACCAGAACCGCUGGGGCAGCAGUUACCGCGACGGAGGCUCCAAUGGACGGGGUGGCUACAACCGCAACCAACAAUCUGGAGGAAGCUACAACCGCCCGGUCCCUUACAACAAAGGAGGAUACAGUCAGGGCUACAACCAGAACUACAACCAAGGGUAUAGCCAGAGUAACUACAACCAGGGUUACUACGGCAGCUACAGUCAGUACCCAAGCUACGGACAGAGCUACAGCCAGACGCCUGCCACCGGACAGACGUAUAGCCAGCACCAACAACAACAACCACCACCGCAGCAGCAGCCGCAGCAGCCACAGCAGCCGCAACAGAACUACAACCAGCAGUACCAGCAGUACGCUCAGCAGUGGCAGCAGUACUACCAGAACCAGAGCCAGUGGAACCAGUAUUACAGCCAGUACGGCAACUACUCUGGGCAGGGCGGCCAAGGCUCCUCGGGCUCCCAGUAACUUGGUUCUGCUUGCAGACCUCCGCUCGUCCCGCGCCCCAACAAGGCUGACCCCCGUGAUUUAAUUUGUACAGUCACAGAUUUACUCACCUACCUUAAUUGUUUGUCUGGUUUAUACAUUUUAAGGGAGACGUCGGUCGAAAGAGCAGCCCCCACAUGUUCUUUUAUACAUAUUAAGAAUAAAAGAAUAAUUCAAGAUUUUUUUUAAUUAUUAUUAUUUUGUCUGGGAUGCGCAAGAGGGUCAAACAUUGAUUGGGUAAAACAAAUAUGACAUUGUCAGUCAUUGAAUUUGCUUGUUUGGUAAGCUUAGCUGAGAACAAACUGCAUGCUUUUUCCGCUCAGACCCUUUACCCAUAUUCUACCCUUUAUUUUUAGUUACCCCUUUUGUUUUUGUUUUUUUUUCUUCUUUUUUUUUUAGUUUACCCCAAAUGGAAUUUGACAUUAAAGGUUUUUUUAAUAGACAAUGAUAAUUGUAGUAUUGAAUCUUCCGGCGAUUUUGAUUAGGCAGAAUAUUUUGCCACUCGUGUUGACUAAUUGUGUAAACCUUUUUUUUAAGUCUUUGUGAUUUGUUUUUUGUGAGUCCUGUAGCUCAUUUCCAUUAAGUCUGAUCUUUUUGUUAUGAUAAUUACAUUCUAACUAAGAUCCAGUUAUCCAAGCUGUCUUUGUGUCUUUAUACAAUAAAUCCAGUUGUAUACUCCU